AUGCAUGGCCCCACUCUCCCAACGCUGCGUGGUCCUGUCACGGAGCAAGAAGCUCUUGAUGCCGACAAAGACAUGAUCCACGCGCUGUCUUAUCCCCAAAGCAGGUACGACUUCUACGUCUACCUUGAAACACAGCGCCGACAGAUUGAACAGGUGCGUACGACCCCUCUUGGACUGGACAAUUCGCAGAUUGACCUUGUAAUGUAUUAAGUAGGUAGUAUCGGAGCAUCUCGGUAUCCCCCGAGCCGCAUGCUCACUCAGCCAAGUGAAGGAGUGGAUUCAUGGCAGUUACAAUGCGUGCCUGCCCGUUUGGAUCAAUCAACCCCAGGGAUCGAGACGUGUCAUGAUUCGCUUCCCAUUGCCUUACAAAGUGGGCGAGUCGCACUUCCCCGGAAACGUAGAGGAGAAACUCCGCUGCGAAGCGGCUACGUAUAUCUGGCUUCACAACAAAUGCCCCUCGGUACCGAUCCCACGGCUGUUGGCCUUCGGACUACCAGGAACGCAAUGUGUAAGCUAUGGCUGGAAUAUUGUCGACCGGCCUAACCAAAUCACAGUUCACGCAGCUCGCAGCAGCGUCAUAUUGGAGCGCUAUGGUAUGGCGAAUGCGAUGUGUCCGCGCUUGGUUCUUUCGACAGCAUCUUUCGCCAUAUGUGACUUGGCAGCGUCGGAGCCUACGUGAGGUAGGCUAUCUUAUCAUCGAGUACGUCGACGAUGGGCGUAUGUUGUCCGAGAGCUGGGAGAACUAUCGUCACGAACGGAUUCGACGUGCGAACCUCUUCCGUGGACUGUCUCGAGUGCAGCUAGAGCUCCGAAAGCACCCUCUUCCCUAUAUCGGCUCCUUGACGGUGAAUGACUCUGGUAUCCUGGAGCUCGCAAAUCGACCGCUUACUCUACUCCUCCACGAACUUGAAAACCAUGGAAUUCCUACAGGCAUUGAAAGGCACCAGGUCUAUAGUUCUGUCGAGGACUACUAUUCCGAUCUCCUUGCUUGUCACGACAACCGCAUGCGUUACCAGCCAAAUUCGAUCCGGGAUGUAUUGGACGGUCAAGGCCAGCUAGCGGCCCUAGUAGGCAUGCGGGCGCUGCGGAACCAGUUCACUGUUCGACAGCAUGACGAUGGUCCUUGCUUUCUGUCUCUGACCGACCUGCAUCAAGGCAACAUUUUCGUCGACGAUCAAUGGAACAUUGUGAGGAUUAUCGAUCUUGAGUGGGCAUGCGCCCGACCAUCUCAGAUGCACAAUGUGCCAUAUUGGCUAACAAGCCGAGGGAUUGACUGCCUUGACGGCGAAGCGCUUCAGGCGUAUCGGGUUCUCUUCGACGAAUUCGUCUCCGCGUGUAAGGAGGUCGAGGAAUACAUUCCUGUACCGGGCGAGCGCCUCAGUCAGAGCUUGGAGAGCAAUUGGACCUCUGGCCGGUUUUGGUUCACGCAAGCAUUGGACUGUCCCCAGGCGCUUUAUCUUAUCUUCGUCGAUCACAUCCAAUCCCGUCAUGGAGGCUUGUCAGACUUUAAUGAUGACUUCGACGCGACACUGGCCAAGUACUGGAGCAAGGAUACGUCAGAGUUGAUCGCCAAGAAGGUUGACGAACAUGCAGAGUAUCAAAUGAAUAUACAGCGACUGUAUAUCGAUAUCAGGCGAUCCGACUCCUUGUCCGCUGUGGCAACUGCACCGGACAACGAGAGCAUCUGA